AUGACCCUGAAUCUGGUACUGGCUCACGCUCACUUUAGUCACGCUCGCGUCCGGCGCUAUAAAGAGCGCCUCACUUGUCCCUCCCAACGCCUUUUGAACCCUCGGUUGCCUGAAAAACGCGAGAAUGGCUUUCAGCUUCCCUCUGGCAGCAGCGCUGGCUGUGUUAUUGCUGCUGAGCCAUUGAAUGCUGUUCCGAAUGCUGCUGAGGCUGGGGAGGACGAGGAGGAGGAGGAGGGGGAGGAGGAGGAGGAGGAGGAGGAGGAGGAGGAGGAGGAGGAGGAGGAGGAGGAGGAGGAGGAGGAGGAGGAGGAGGAGGAGGGGGAAGAAGAGGGGGAGGAGGAGGUGGGGAAGGAGGGGUGGAAGGAGGAGGAGAAGGAGGAGGAGGAGGAGGAGGAGGAGGAGGAGGAGGAGGAGGAGGAGGAGGAGGAGGAGGAGGAGGAGGAGGAGGAGGAGGAGGAGGAGGGACGGGAGGUGGCAACUGGAGCGGGCUGGUUAGUGGGGGAGGCGUAUUUGGACAGGCUCUUGCUGAGAGCGAGGUUGUACCUGUUGGCCUGGGUGAAGAGCAGGGCUGCGGGGGAGCGAGAAUAG